GACAGACUCGUCUCAAGGCAUUCCCCAGCUCAUCAGUAACAUCAAUGCCUGUCAGGUGAUAGCAGAGGCUGUCAGGACCACUCUGGGUCCAAGGGGGAUGGACAAACUGAUGGUCGAUGGCAGAGGUAAGGCCACAAUCUCUAAUGAUGGAGCCACCAUCCUGAAACUUUUAGAUGUGGUUCACCCUGCAGCCAAAACAUUGGUAGACAUUGCUCGCUCCCAGGAUGCUGAGGUGGGAGAUGGCACCACCUCUGUCACCCUACUGGCUGCUGAGUUCCUGAAGCAGUUGAAGCCGUAUGUGGAGGAGGGUCUCCACCCUCAGACCAUCAUCAGAGCCUUCCGCACUGCCACCAACCUUGCUGUUAGCAAGAUUAAGGACAUCGCUGUCUCUGUGAAGAAAGAUGAUAAACAAGAGCAGCGACAGUUGUUGGAGAAAUGCGCGGCUACAGCCAUGAAUUCCAAGCUGAUUGCUGGCCAAAAGGAUUUCUUUUCCAAGAUGGUGGUGGAUGCUGUCGUGUCUUUGGACGAGCUGAUGGCUCUAAAGAUGAUUGGCAUCAAGAAGGUGCAGGGGGGAGCCCUGGAGGAUUCCCAACUGAUCUCUGGAGUAGCAUUUAAAAAGACAUUCUCCUAUGCUGGGUUUGAGAUGCAGCCUAAACGUUAUGAGAAUCUCAAGAUUGCUUUGCUAAAUGUGGAGCUGGAGCUGAAGGCUGAGAAGGACAAUGCUGAGGUUCGCGUCUCCUCAGUGAAGGAGUAUCAGGCCAUCGUGGAUGCAGAGUGGAACAUCUUGUACGACAAAUUGGAAAAGAUCUACAAGUCUGGCGCUAAGGUGGUUUUGUCAAAGUUGCCAAUUGGUGACGUGGCCACUCAGUACUUUGCUGACAGAGAUCUGUUCUGUGCUGGCCGAGUGCAGGAGGAGGAUCUGAGAAGAACCAUGAUGGCAUGUGGAGGCUCCAUUCAGACUUCAGUAGGAGAUAUGACAGAUGAUGUCUUAGGACAGUGUGAAACUUUUGAGGAGGUCCAGGUCGGAGGAGAGAGAUAUAACUUCUUCAAAGGCUGUCCCAAGACAAAAACAUGCACCAUUAUUCUGAGAGGUGGAGCAGAGCAGUUCACGGAGGAGACGGAGCGAUCGCUGCACGAUGCCAUCAUGAUUGUGCGCAGAGCCAUCAAGAAUGACUCCGUUGUCGCAGGAGGAGGUGCUAUAGAGAUGGAGCUGUCAAAAUACCUUCGUGACUAUUCCAGGACCAUCCCUGGGAAAAUGCAGCUGUUGAUUGGAGCUUAUGCCAAGGCCCUGGAGAUCAUUCCAAGGCAGCUGUGUGACAACGCUGGCUUUGAUGCCACUAACAUCCUGAACAAGCUACGUGCCAAACACGCUCAGGGUGGCAUGUGGUACGGUGUGGACAUCAACAACGAAGACAUUGCAGACAACUUUGUCAACUGUGUCUGGGAGCCUUCUGUAGUCCGAAUCAAUGCCCUGACAGCAGCGUCAGAGGCAGCCUGCCUCAUCCUCUCAGUCGAUGAGACCAUCAAAAACCCUCGCAGCACUGCGGAUGGCCCUUCAGGUGGCGGUGGCAGGGGCAGAGGACGCGGGAGACCCCAUGCUCACUAAUGGGAAGCAGGAACAGAACCUUAUUCUAAACUGAUCAGGUCGUCGUUCUUGAGGUUGAGAAUCCGUACAAUAAUUUCUACUGGGCAUCUUCUCUUGGGAGACAACAUGAAAAGUGGCACUGACGUGAUUUUGCAGUUUGAACCAUUUACUGGUUGCUCUGUGGAAAACUAUUUAUUGGACCAUUCACACAAUAAAUUCACAGCUGAAAUCAAA